CAUCAAAUCCGAUGAAUGGGCCAAGCAAAGCAUACCCCACUUUGCCUUCCAGUCGCGACAUAUCUCCGCUUCCUUCGUUCCUGGAACUCAUUUUGGCUUAGGGUUUUUCCUUUGGCGAACUAGAGUGCUCCUCAAGGAUUAGAAGAUGUUCCUCACGAGGACUGAGUAUGAUCGAGGAGUCAACACCUUCUCCCCAGAAGGGAGAUUGUUUCAGGUGGAGUACGCUAUCGAGGCUAUAAAGCUUGGUUCCACGGCGAUCGGGAUAAAGACCAAGGGAGGUGUCGUGUUGGCGGUUGAGAAACGCGUGACUUCCCCGCUGCUGGAACCAAGCAGCGUGGAAAAAAUCAUGGAGAUUGAUGAGCAUAUAGGAUGUGCUAUGAGUGGUUUGAUAGCUGAUGCUCGCACACUGGUUGAACAUGCACGUGUUGAAACACAGAAUCACAGGUUUUCAUAUAGUGAGCCAAUGACUGUUGAAUCUACGACCCAAGCUCUUUGUGAUCUUGCUCUACGGUUUGGUGAGGGUGAUGAGGAAUCUAUGUCACGGCCUUUUGGAGUGUCACUUCUUAUUGCAGGUCAUGAUGAGAAUGGGCCUAGUUUGUACUACACGGAUCCUUCUGGUACAUUUUGGCAAUGCAGUGCAAAAGCUAUAGGCUCUGGUUCUGAAGGAGCUGACAGCUCCUUGCAGGAGCAAUAUAACAAGGAAAUGACUCUCGAGGAAGCUGAAACAGUUGCUCUUUCCAUCCUAAAGCAAGUCAUGGAGGAAAAGGUGACUCCAAACAACGUUGACAUUGCUAAGGUUGCUCCGACUUACCACCUUUACUCUCCAUCUGAGGUUGAAGCUGUUAUCAAUCGCCUCUAGAGGUGUAACUGCUACUUCUGAAAUUAUGCUUUCUUCCCCUAAACAACUUGAAUGUAACGGCUUGGUGUGUAGACGUUCUUUGAACUUAAUAUAUUGUUUAAGGAGUCUUUUUCUCUUCUGUAGCUCUAUCUAUUUAUCUCCCUAGCACAAAAACGUUAAGCAACUUCAUUGUUUAGUUGUGAUUGCUUUGCAAUGAUAGGGAACUUAACCCUAGUUUAUAUUAAUCCAUUUUGUCAUUUUAAACGUUUGAUUUGGGCAAUUUAAUUUAUAGGACAAGGAAUGGACAUAAUUAUGUGAA